UGUGGUGUGUUCCUCCCUUUAUUCAAAGUCAGCUAGCCAACCAGGCUACUAGCUAACGUUAGCUAGAUAUCUAACGUGGAUUUCCAUAACUGGUUUACUUCGUGGUGGACUACUCAACCCUCCAUGUUUUUCUGCUGUCUUCCCGUCAAAUACCAUGACAAACAAAAGCUAGCUAGGAUCGCUGAGAGAUGCUCGAACUAGCUACUAAUGUUGGGGGGCGUAGUCGCUGUGUUAGCUCUUGUCCGUCGCACGACGACGAGGUGCCCAUGUUCUGUCGUUUUCCAUAUUUUUUUCAUCGUAACUCACCAAAGUAAACAUUUUUAGAGUGCGGGAUUACUUUUCUCUGUAUGUGCAGGGUGUAAUUUCUCCCAAAAUAUGAGUACUUUGAUUACCGUUAAAAUACCCUGAUCCACGCGUAUGCGUGGGAUCUGCACUACGAGCUGCGUGGACAAGAGCUUGUCUGGCGGUAUCAUUGAGCUGGAUGGAGGACUUAGGCCCGUUUUAGGAUGGCAGCGCCAUUGAGAUUGUCGCUACACCAUUUCACUCUGGUAUUGGUCACACCAUGGCAAAAGUCGGAGCUGUCAUCUAUCCCCACACGUUUGUUGUCUUAUCUGAGCUGAGCAGAAUUCCAACCAGCUCCCACAACCUGUGAGUCUGCAACUCCAGGUGGAAGGACUGCCGCCACCAUUGAACCUCACUGAUACAGAAAGUGGCGGUGUUGCAGCUCUACCAGGCUAAGGCUCUUGACCCCUUGACUGUGUGAAAGUUGUCAUUUCUUCCUGUGGUAUCAGACCCAGGCCCUUGAGAGCAAUGUGUGAGCAAGAGGACCAUGGAGACGGUGGCCGUAACAAGCUGUCCAACAGUGACGCCAUCAAGCUGACAGAUGACCUCUCUCUGAGUGACUCCGACCCUGAAGAGCGUAAUGAGUCCAUAGACCCAGAGGUGGAAGACUUGUCCUCAUCUGAUGAUGAAGUGCACCAGAACUCCGGUCCCGGUCCCAAGAAACCCGCAUUCAGUCUGACAGGUGGCAGCUCAAGCUUCUCCAACCGCAGCCGAAGCAUCUUUGAUUGCCUGGAGAGUGCCGCUAAGCUGUCCUCGUCCAAUUUGGGACAGGACAAUGUCAUUGAUGGGGUCUUUGCACGUCCCCCUCCACCCCCACUGCUGCCGAGUGGAAAGAAGUAUGGGGAGAAGGUGGUGGAAUUGGUCAGCAAGCCUCCUCAGAAGAGAGGAGUGCCAGAUUACCUGGUGAAUCCUGAGCGCUGGACGCGCUAUGACCUGGAGGAUGUGCCAGAGACCAGUGACAGCAAGAAUAGCAUGGUGGCUCAGCAGUACAUACAAAGCCUGCAGCAGCAGAAGAAGGAGAACACGAUGGAAGAUGAUCCUGAAGAGCCUUUUAUACCUACUUUCAACCAGGGCCAGAGCAGUAGCUCAGAGCAUAAGAUCGUGUUCUCCAGGCCUAGCCGGCCACAGAAGGAUGAUGCUGAAGAAGUUAACAAGCCUGAUCGAACCAAGAAGGUAGGGAUGGGUCUCUGUCACUUAGAUGAUGAUGAAGAAGAGGAGGGUAUAGGCCUAGCAAUCGCCCCCCAACGCCCAAAGGAGAGUGAGCGGAAGAGGAAGUGGACCCCGGUGGGAGAAGAAGAGGGCGCACUGAGUGAUCGGAAGGAUCAACCGCCUAUUGGCUUCGUCAUUAAUAGGAACGUCAACAGGAAGAACUUCCGCAAGACAUCAGAGAAAGAGGAGGACUGAGAGUACACAUACUUGACCUCAAUCAAUUGAAGUCCUCUGGAAAUAAUGGAGGACCCUAAAUAUGGACAGUAUUUUAGUGCUUCCCUGUAGAACCUCAAGCAGAGGAGUUUUUUUCCUAAUCAAGGGAAUGGUUUCGACCUCUUGACUUUUCAUCAGAAUUAAUGUAAAAUGUGUAUUUUGAAUAUUAACUUCAGACAUGAAAAUCACUUGUCAGUAAUGCUAAUGUAUAUUGCUGUUUCAAAGUCCAAAGAAUAUUGAAUUUAGCUGUCAAGUAUAUUGGUGGAAGUGUAAUGUAAACAAUUGUAUUUGUAGUAGACCCUUGUAAGUGGCAUCAUUUUUCAUAUUGCUGUAACUAUUAUUGAUUAUUGGAGCAGUAAAGUCUUCCCACAACUAAA